AUCACAAAGCAGUGUAUAGCCAUGAACAAGAAUCACAUUCUAUUAACAGAGCUCGACUGUCUGACAUGAGAAAUACUUCAUUCAACAUAUUUAGCCUAAUGGUUCACAUGCCUAUUUGAAAUCCAUGAAGUCGGCCAACACAGUAUAAAGUAAGGAAACAGAUUUAGCCUAGCCUACUUCUGGACUAGUCUGCAUGAUCUCCAAACGGAAUACUAAACAACUGUUUGAAGUUGUUACAUGUUGAGAACGGCAACAGCCGAUCAUUGCAGCAGUCCACGAAUUGGUUGAAUUCGCUUACGCCUCGUGUUGUGACACGCGCCACCAUCGUGAUCAUUUCUUCGCCUUGACUUCACAUAAACUACCACGACGGAAAGAAAUCCAAGAUGCUCCUUUACCUGGAGAAAUGCCCUACCUUGUUUUUAGCGAUAGGCUCUGGUUACAGAUUGGCAUUACGAAGUUCUGCAAAGUUCUGCUGGGAGGUGAUAAGAAGGAACACUAAGUCCUUGUGCCCUCCAAACUAGGCCAGCCAUGGUGAACAGCCGGGUGGAGACAUCAGCCGUGGCAGUGACAUGCGGCGGCUCGUCAGGCAGGUCCUGCGCGGGCUGCGGCAGGCGCAUCGCCGACCGCUUCCUGCUCUUCUCCAUGGAGCGCUACUGGCACACACGCUGCCUCAAGUGCUCCUGCUGCCACGCCCAGCUGGGUGAGAUCGGCACCACCUGCUACAGCAAAGGGGGCAUGAUCCUCUGCAAGAACGACUACAUCAGGCUGUUCGGGCACAGCGGGGCAUGCAGCGCCUGUGGCCAGUCCAUCCCUGCCAGUGAGAUGGUGAUGCGGGCACAGGGCAAUGUGUACCACCUCAAGUGUUUCACCUGUGCCACCUGUAGGAACCGGCUGGUGCCGGGCGACCGCUUCCACUACGUUAACGGCACCAUCUUCUGUGAGCACGACAGGCCAGGGGGCGCUCUUCUCCGCAGUCACCUGACCCCACUGCAGGGGAACGGCAUGAUGCCUGACCAGAAGGUGUGCUGAAGGAUGGAUGACAAAGCAACGUGUGCCUUUUCCCCCACCUCCUGCUCUUCCUCCUCCAUCUUUAAGUUUGGCCUACACCACCCAUCCCUUCGUUCAGAUAUUCCAAAAUCCAUACUCCGGAUACUGCUGCCAGUGUCCAGUGGCUUUCUUAACAACACGUCAUUCCCAACAAAAUUAUAUUUCUUCUGUGAAUCAUGUUCUCAGCCUUCAAGGGGAAGAUGCUGAGGAGGGAAAGACUUGUUCAGGAUGAUUUAUACUGUCAAGCCAGUGUCCAUUUCUGGUAAGGCCAAUGGUGACUGAUUUGUAAUGCCCUGAGUGGAGGACUAUGGCAUUUCCAGUGAUGGACCAUUCACUUUCCUUAGCCAGCACAUAACACUACAGGGAGAGCGAAGACACGGACUAAUACGGAAACACGUGUGAACUGGUUCUGGUCAGGGGCUGCUUCAACCAAGCUACAGUAUACUGACUCUUGAAACAGGAAGAGCACAUUCAAACAAGACAGGCCACACGAAUUCACAGAUGCACCACUUUCUGAGCUCAGACUCUCUAGACCCUUUCAUGUGUUGCGAGAAACAGGAAAUACUGUGGUUGCAGUGCUAUGCUGCCGUAGCUAUGGUUCACUCGACUGGUGAGUUGGGCCAAACAAGUAAAGAUCAAAUACACCUGCCUGGAUGUCUCAUUUACAUAAAAAAAAAAUACUUUCUGUGUACAAAAUUUAAGAAAGUCUGUAGAAUAUUCAUCAAAUCAUACCUUUUAGUCCCAUGAUUCUUUUGUACUACAAGUGGUUGCCUUUUUGUAGAUUUUCUUUGAUAUUUAGUUUUGUUUUCAGUUGAAAAUGGCUUCUGGGGUUAGGAAAUUUACUAAUGUUUAUGGGAACAUAGAAAUUAUGCAUUUUGUAAUUGUCAUUUUAAAAUGUUUUUUAUUCCAGUGACAAUUGUAAUUCCAACAUGACUUCGCAGCAGUGCUCCAUAUGUCCUAAAUGUAUUCUCAUAUAUGUGUGGUGGUGGAAGAGGAGAAGGUCCAAGUUGAACUGGUCCACAUUUAACCUGGGUCAUGUUGAGUAGGGCUCACUGUAGCAGUUUUUGAAAAGAAAAAUAAGUUUUUCUUAUUGGAGAAGUUCAGGUAGUCCCUACCUGGUUCAGGCUGUUUUCUUCCGUUUGGUACCUAAUGAACACGAUCCAGGUUGAGGGAAUAGGGGAGCGGCAUGGGGAUGGAGAGAAGUAAUAACUGUAGAUAUUUUUUCUAGUGCUAAAAUUGUAUUGUGUGCUCUAUGGUUGAAUUUUGUCAUUGUGUGGCCAUUAUUUCAAGCAGAGGCCCAUUUCAAAUGCUGUAAAACAUUUCAAAAUAACUAUACUCAUAUUAUCGCGAGUCACCUGUGUCACGUCUAACGAGUGAGUGAUUCGAUAAUAUUUACGUGCCGCAGGAUGAGGGAGAGUGGCGUGCAUGUGUGUAGCGAGGUAUGACAUAUCCCUUUCACACCGAAACGUAGCUUCGGUAAUGCUCCAGGGCUUGGACAAACAUGGCUGAUUUCAAAGGCUUGAUCGGAGCCAUUACAGAAGAUAUCGAAGUGGUAUGCGUUAAAGGCCCGGGCUUUUGCUGCAGUCCUGGGCCGGAGUCUAAUCUGGUGUGCCGGCCUAAUUAAAAAGGGAGGGACCCCUUUCCUGUGGGUGCUUAGAGGAGCAGUCCAGCUGUUGACUUUACAGCACUGCAAAAAUGCAACAACAAACGGAAAAAAUAAGCUAACCUUUUCCUUCACCGUUCUACUAAACUCCAUAAUUGUAUAACUGUUCUGUUUUCUUUACAAUGUCUGAAUGACAUUUUCACUUAUUUGCUGAGUUCUGAAGUUGGUAGUUGGAGUAGAGGGCCCUAUACUCAUAGUACUGAAUGGCAUUUUGCAAUCGUUUUUUGGCACGCAAACCCUCCUCAGAUCUUAUUUAAUUAGCUAAUUAAAUUCCAUCUUUUUGUAGGUAUCUUUGGCCUAGAAAUCACAAGGUGUUCUCUGCCAGUUGGCUUUCAUGAUCCUCUUUUACUUAUUGUUGUUCCGUGACUUUUCUGCGGCGAGAAAUGAAAACCAAACUUGCAACAGGCCUACAAAGAGGAUGGAGAACAAAAAUCAAUGAAGUAUCUAGCUGUGACUUUUAAAAAUAAUAUGCCAUGAGAAAACUCUUACCAUAAGUGGUGUGCCUCAGCUGUUACUCUUUUAGGGUUAGCCAAUUAGGUUGACACUCAAACUAACAAUGAGCUUUUUAAUGGCUGGAUUUCUAACCAUUUCUAUUGUAAUCAUUUCAAAUCAUUCUGCAUCAUUAACACAUUCCUCAGGUUCUUCAGACCUAUAAUCCAAACCUGAGUUUCAAAUCUUCCAAAAAAGUUUUUGGUCAAGAUAUUUUUGGCAUUCCUCAGUUUUUCUAAUUGGACUCCCAUACUUCCAUAGACAAGUGGGGUUCAAUCAGAAUAAACCUGAUCUGAAAGAACUACACAGGAGAAAGCAAUAUCUCUUCAACCAAACCUACUGAAGCAAACAUUUUACAUAUUUUCUAGCACCUGUUAUCGCAUUGCAGUUACCUAACAAGUCCUUAACAUCAGUGUGGAUGUUUGAAGGAGAACUGCAUACUGAUAACAUCCACACAAACAGUCCUAACCAAUGUGACACGCAAUGUUCAAUUUGUAUACCUAAUUACGAUUUUAUUCAAUAGCUUUACUAAUAGUCAUCUCAUCAAAACAUAUUGAAAAACUCCUCAGGCAAUCCCUUUAACUGUUCAGUCAAGUUUAUAAGACAGACACUGAACAUGAUCAAGAAACUAUUUAUUAUAGGUAACUCAUUCACAGGAAAUUCCAUAAUUAAACAUUGUUUACUGAUUU